GAAGCAGUGUGUUAGAUUCAAGGCAUUCUUUAAUGUCUUUAGAUAUUUAAAAUACUGCUUGAAUGAAUGGGCAUUGUAAAACUCAAAAUGUGUUUAAAUAAGUCUGUCUCCAGCUGUCUCUUGCUAUAAAGGAACUUUAAGUGCAGUUUAAUAUGUCUGGGAGAGGAAAGGAAAACCAGACUGUGUCUUUAACAAACCCUGCUUACCUACGCUUCCUUAGUGGGAGCGGCCUAGGAACUGGUCCGGAAUCUAGCACAACUUCCAGUUCUGCAGGCAAACCAACCCCCUUGUGAACAGGUCUGAUACUGCCAAGCAGGAAGUUACGGAGAAACAGGUUUGAAAGAACAGCACAGUCCAUCUUCGACAAGGCAAAGAUACGUCUUAAUAAACAACAAUGUAAGCAGCCUGCUUACCCCAGGAGUUUUGCCAUUGUGUAGUGGAGUCGUCUUCAUGUUGACAGCUCAAGGCCCAUUGGGUCUUGAUUAGAGCCAAACUAGCAUGGGCUGGGAAUUGUUCUUCUGAGUUUUUGGACUUGCUUGUUAGCCAUGCAGCCCAUUGAGUACAUCUGCUUCACAGAAAACUCAGCCCUUUGGGGUGAAAUUACGUGCUUCUGAAUGCAGGAGAGUUCUACAACCCCAGAAGCACAGGUUGCUGUCUUUUGGUGCGAUCCUGUUUCCUGAGCAUCAAUAUGAAGUUGGCUAAGUAGGUGAGGAGUUUGAGAAUUGAAAAUAGACUGACCAAACAGGAGUUCUGGCAACUGGUACAACAGAGCUAUGGCUCUGAGCUGGGCCUGAACAGUGAGGAGAUGGAGAGCUUUUACUCCUCCUCUGAAGACAAUGGACAAUCUAGAUCCAGCAUUUGUGAUGAUUCUGGAGACAGAGAUGAAAAAUUACCCAAAGCAAUCCGUGAAAUUCAUGAACCCGUCAUUCAGAUAGUAGAGGCAGAGCCAUUCCAUGGAAACACACUGACAGGAGGGUCUGAGCAGGAGGAAUCCCAAAAUGAGAAACAGGACAAGAGGAGCCCUCUGUUGCCUUCAGAAAAGAAACCAGUUAAGCUAGAGAGACGCAGGCUCCCAGCACAGUCCCUGGAGCCGAUCGAGAAUGAGAAUCUUCUGGAGAAGAGCAGUGCCUCAGAUAGCGAGGAAGAAGCCAAGGAGACUGUCCCUGAGAAUGACCUGCACGGGAGACUCUUUAUUAAUAGAGUUUUCAAUAUCAGCGCAGACAAGAUGUUUGAGAUGCUUUUCACCAAUUCCCAUUUCAUGCAGAGAUUUCUCAACACCAGGAAUAUAGUAGAUGCUGUAUCGACCCCUUGGAAUAUGGACGGCAGUGGCAAUCAGUUGAGGACCCUCACCUACACUAUAAUGAUUAACAAUCCGCUCGUUGGGAAGUACACAACUGCAACAGAAAAGCAGAUCCUGAAUAAACUGAGCCAGAAAGGUCAGUCUUACCGGGUAGACGCAGAGGUGCUGACACAUGAUGUCCCAUACCAUGAUUACUUCUACACUGUGAACAGAUACUUCAUCACCCGCACGUCCAAUCAGAAAUGCAGAUUACGGCUUUCCACAGAUGUGAAGUACAAAAAGCAGCCAUGGGGCCUCAUCAAGUCUCUAAUUGAGAAGAACACCUGGAGCGGGAUAGAGGAGAAUUUCAAACAACUUGAAUCAGAUCUGCUAGUGGAAGAAUAUGCAAUAAACCAACCUAUAGAAGAUCCUGGGAAACUUAUUGCCCUAAGAAGACGACGACGGAAUUUACACCGGAAUGUGGCAGAGUUGUUUCCUAAGCGUUCUUCACAGCACUCUUCUGGGGACAUGGGACUAGAGUCCCAGGGCAACAUAGUAGGAAGGAAAAGGGAUGCUGCAAGGAAGACCACAGCCAUCAUUGUGGUAAUGAGCAUCUUUUUGCUGCUCUUGGUUUUGCUGAAUGUGACUCUCUUCCUUAAACUAUCAAAGAUAGAGCGUGCAGCUCAGUCAUUUUACCGGGUCCACCUUCAGGAUGAGAAGUCUUUAAACUUAGCCCCAGACAUGGUGUCCAGAGAGGAUAUCCCUCAGCGUGACAAGGAACAGGUUCAGCAGGUGAAGGGAGUGCUGCAAGACUCUAUUGCAAUGCUUGAACAGCUGAAAAGCUCCCUUUCUAUGCUUCAGAGAAGCUUUGAUCACCUGAACAAGACCAAGAGUGAUGAGACUGAGAGUUAACAUUAUCAACGCCCAUAACUCAAGAUGUCAUGAGAAUGAAGAUGCUGCAUGUCUGUUUGAGGGUGGGGUUUUUGACAUUCUGUUGUCUCAGGACUUUUUUACUAUUUUUUGCUCAGCAGCUGCUGGUGCAGCUAAUAAAGACCUCUGGAUAAAACAGGGCAAGUUCUGAGGUCCUGUAACUCUGAGAAUCUCUCCCCACCACCCCCAUACAUGUGGUUUUCUUAUGAACAAGCCAGAGGUAUAAAUGAGUGAGAACAUUGUACUGUACUGUGUAACUGUGAUGUGCAAAUUACAGAGAAGAGCAACCUCAGCACAGCAAUGAUUGUAUCUAAUGAAAUCUGAACUCUUUUAUAUUGAUUUGAAGAAUCAUUGGCACUAAGCUACAGCAGGGGCAGGACAGGGGAUGUUCUGUAAAGAAAUAACAGCAGGUAGUGGUUUCACAUAGCCAGGGUAUUCAUAUGCUCCUUCAUAGACAAACAUACUCUGUAAAACAAGUCAGCAGUUUGAAAUACCCAUAUUUAUUUUUUUAAGACUGUAUUUUUUUGUUUCACUCACAGUGAAAGAGCUCUGUGUUUAAUCUCUUAUUAAAUUGUUCUGCAUACUGA